GACGAUAUAUCAGUCUCAUUGUUGAAAGAGAUCUGUUCAGAUACGGCGUGAGAAAUGGAUAGCGGCGACAUUGAAGAAGCCGGCGGUAAUGGCGAAGAGGAAUUCCGGUCAGGGCCACGUCUCGGCGGAAGCAAAUACAGGCCGGUGGUUGCGCACGAUAGAGCGGUUGUUGAGAUGUCCUCCAUCGAUCCUGGAUCUUCCUCUUCCACCCUCAAGAACAUAAAAGUAGUUGCACCAGGAGACAUGGGCGCUGGUGUAAGGGGACCAGAAGAUGGAGUCAAUGGCCAUCAGAAGGAAUCCAAGCUGGAAUUAUUUGGUUUCGACUCUCUUGUGAAUAUUCUUGGCUUGAAGAGUAUGACAGGGGAGCAAAUUCCGGCACCAUCUAGCCCUAGAGAUGGGGAGGAUAUCUCCAUCACGCAAGGGCACCCAAAGCCUCCUGCUCUCAAGAUGGGUACAAUGAUGGGAGUUUUCGUUCCCUGCUUGCAAAACAUAUUAGGAAUUAUAUAUUAUAUCCGUUUCACAUGGAUUGUUGGUAUGGCUGGUAUCGGACAAGGCCUAGUAUUGGUAUUGCUUUGUGGCUUAUGUACAUUCUUGACGACAAUAUCUUUGAGUGCUAUUGCAACAAAUGGUGCAAUGAAGGGUGGAGGACCAUAUUACCUCAUUGGUCGCGCUCUUGGUCCGGAAGUUGGGAUUAGCAUAGGUUUAUGCUUUUUUCUUGGCAAUGCAGUUGCUGGAGCUCUGUAUGUUUUGGGUGCUGUGGAGACUUUUCUAAAAGCAUUCCCUGCUGCUGGGAUUUUUAGAGAAACUAUCACAAAGGUUAAUGGAACAGCAGUUUCCGAAUCAAUACAAAGCCCGAACUCACAUGACUUGCAGGUUUAUGGAAUUGUUGUGACAAUCCUUCUUUGCUUCAUUGUGUUUGGUGGCGUGAAGAUGAUCAAUCGGGUUGCACCUGCUUUCCUCGUACCCGUUUUGCUCUCUAUCUUCUGCAUAUUCAUCGGGAUAUUUUUGGCAAAGACAGAUGAUCCUGACAAUGGAAUUACGGGCUUGCGCUUAAAAAGUUUUAAAGAUAACUGGGGCUCUGCUUAUCAAAUGACAAAUGAUGCGGGAAUUCCUGAUCCAACUGGAGGGACGUACUGGAGUUUCAAUGAGCUGGUGGGUCUAUUUUUCCCUGCUGUAACAGGAAUUAUGGCUGGUUCAAAUCGAUCAGCUUCACUUAAAGACACUCAAAAAUCAAUUCCUGUUGGUACAUUGGCUGCCACUCUGACCACAACCUCACUAUAUUUGAUUUCUGUGUUGUUUUUUGGAGCUGUUGCGACCCGUGACAAACUUUUAACUGAUAGGCUACUUACUGCUACAAUUGCUUGGCCUUUCCCUGCCAUUGUUCACGUUGGAAUCAUACUUUCAACCUUAGGGGCUGCUCUCCAGAGUUUGACAGGGGCACCACGGUUACUUGCAGCUAUAGCAAAUGAUGAUAUUCUCCCCAUCCUGAAUUAUUUUAAAGUUGCAGAUACUAGUGAACCUCACAUAGCGACACUCUUCACAGCAUUUAUCUGCAUCGGAUGUGUUGUUAUCGGAAAUCUGGAUCUUAUCACACCGACUGUGACCAUGUUUUAUCUUUUGUGCUAUUCGGGAGUAAACUUGUCUUGUUUCCUACUCGAUCUUCUUGAUGCUCCAAGUUGGCGUCCACGGUGGAAAUAUCAUCAUUGGAGCCUUUCCUUUGUUGGAGCCGCACUUUGCAUAGUGAUCAUGUUCUUGAUUUCUUGGUCAUUCACUGUGGUUGCCAUUGCACUUGCAAGUCUUAUAUACAAAUACGUUGGCCUAAAAGGAAAGGCUGGGGACUGGGGGGAUGGUUUCAAGAGUGCAUAUUUUCAGUUGGCCCUUCGUAGUCUCAGGUCACUCGGAGCGAACCAAGUGCACCCAAAGAAUUGGUACCCAAUUCCCCUUGUUUUCUGCAGACCGUGGGGACAGCUUCCGGAAAAUGUUCCGUGUCACCCUAAGCUGGCUGAUUUUGCUAACUGUAUGAAGAAAAAAGGUCGUGGAAUGUCGAUCUUUGUCUCAAUAUUAGAUGGUGACUACUAUGAAUGUGCUGAAGAAGCAAAGGAAGCUUGCAAACAAUUGGCCACCUACAUUGAGUACAAGCGUUGUGAAGGUGUAGCUGAAAUCGUUGUAGCCCCAAACAUGACCGAAGGGUUCCGUGGGAUCAUCCAGACGAUGGGACUCGGAAACCUCAAACCCAACAUCGUGGUAAUGCGGUACCCUGAGAUCUGGCGCCGAGAAAAUCUAACAGAGAUUCCAUCCACAUUUGUUGGGAUAAUCAAUGACUGCAUAACAGCAAACAAAGCAGUUGUCAUCAUCAAAGGGUUAGACGAGUGGCCAAACGAGUACCAAAGACAGUACGGAACAAUUGACUUGUACUGGAUUGUGAGAGAUGGUGGUCUCAUGCUUCUUCUCUCACAGCUUCUUCUGACAAAAGAAAGCUUUGAAAGCUGCAAAAUCCAACUCUUCUGCAUAGCUGAAGAGGAUUCAGACGCGGAAGCACUCAAAGCCGACGUGAAGAAGUUCCUCUACGAUCUCAGAAUGCAAGCAGAAGUAAUCGUGGUCACGAUGAAAUCAUGGGACAUAAGAUCCGAAGGAAACAGCCAAGAAGAUUCAUUGGAAGCUUUUGAUGCAGCACAGAGACGAAUCUCAGAUUACUUGGGAGAGAUCAAGAGACAGGGUUCGAAUCCGUUAUUGGCAAAUGGGAAACCGAUGGUGGUGAAUGAGCAACAAGUGGAGAAGUUUCUAUACACAAUGCUGAAACUGAACUCGACCAUACUCAGUUACUCGAGGAUGGCUGCGGUGGUUCUGGUUAGUCUCCCGCCACCUCCGUUGAACCACCCCGCAUAUUUCUACAUGGAAUAUAUGGAUUUGCUGGUGGAGAAUGUGCCAAGGAUGUUGAUCGUAAGAGGGUAUCACAGAGACGUUGUUACUUUGUUUACAUAGUUCAAUCUCAUUUUAUACCCACCAAGAACAUCAAAAAGCCUGCCUUUCAAGGUCAGUUUUUUUUAUUACAGUUUCUAAUAUUUUUCUUGUAGUACAGUGAAUUCCAUUUU